GACCUUGUGACCUUAUAGAGGCCUGACAGAAAUGGCGGGCGUGAAGUGAUAUAUGAGAAGCGUUGGAAGAAUGUUUCCGUCAGUUUUGGCUCGCGUUCGGCCUUCUCACUGACCCAUUCCUGUACACUGGACCAGAGACAGCUCUAGAACUGUAUUGUCGUCGAAACAGGCGACUGACAGUGAGAUUUUCCGUGGUGGACGUGGCUGAUAUUCGAUGUUACACUUUGUACGUCGAUGUCCUGUUGGAAACAAGGUAUUCUUUGUGAGUAUAUCGGAGCUGAGAUCGUGAGGCUCCCUAGUUCUGGGCGGCCACAGCUCAAGACAACGUUUGUCGCUGUGCAAGACGUGUUUUUCCAACUUGGCAAGGUCCUACAAGUGGUCAAAUCUUUCAUAGAUUGAUCGAGUGAUGGUUUAGAAUUAGAGACCAACGGUUAGAAAAUCGUGAGUCAAUAAUUUUUCCAAGUGGACAAGCGUUGUCUUUCCCGGUGUUGUCUGUUGCUGUUCCGGUCCCAUGACUGAAGACCACCACGCCAUGACACGAGAAAUGUACGACGAUCUACCCGAGGAGUCGGAUGCCAAGGAGUUCUACGCCAAGUAUGAACCCAAGGAGGUGCUAGGAAGGGGAUUGAGCAGUGUAGUCCGGAGGUGUGUGAGGAAAACCGACCAGCAGGAGUUUGCAGUGAAGAUUAUAGAUGUGACGGAACAGAACUGGACAGAAGACAGGGACUCUGUCAUGAAGGAAGUUGCCAUUCUACAGACGGUCUCCAGAAACGCAAAUAUCAUUCAGCUAGUGGAUGUGUUUGAGUGUACCACCUUCAUCUUCCUGGUGUUUGAACUCAUCAAAGGAGGAGAACUGUUUGACUACCUGACAGAAGUGGUGGAGCUGAGUGAACGGGAAACUCGAUUUGUGAUGAGACAACUGUUUGAAGUGGUCCAGUUUCUCCAUGAGUUAAACAUUGUACAUAGAGACCUUAAGCCGGAAAAUAUCCUAAUUCAAGGGAAGUUAGAGAUCAAGGUGUCUGACUUUGGCUUUGCAGUCAGACUGAAAGAAGGAGAGCUACUAAAAGAGCUAUGUGGAACUCCAGGCUACCUCGCACCCGAGGUUUUAAAGUGCUCCAUGAUAGAAGGGUUUGCUGGCUACGGCAAGGAGGUCGACAUGUGGGCAUGUGGUGUGAUCAUGUACACAUUGUUGGCCGGCCAGCCGCCGUUCUGGCAUCGCAAACAGAUGAUGCUGCUGAGGAACAUCAUGGAGGGGAACUACAACUUCGACGGGCCGGAGUGGGAGGAUAUAUCUCACACGUCCAAGGACCUGAUCUCCCACCUCCUAAUUGUAGACCCUAAAAAUAGAUUCACAGCUGAGCAAGCUCUUCAACAUCCUUUUUUUGAAAGCAUCGAGUACGCAGUUUGGGCUGAGAAGCGCUUGCGGAAAUCUCGCAGUCCCAGAAAAACGCCGUCUGAAAAGGGCAAGUUUGAUGCAAAGAGCAAAUUCAAGGCUGCAAUAGCUGCUGUAUGUGCCACGCAGAGACUCCAGGCCGGGCUGAACCGUCAGCAGGUCCUGACGUUCCAGAACGUCGCCGAGGACCCGUACCGCGUACGGGGGAUCCGCCGGGUCAUCGACGGCUGCGCGUUCAGGAUAUACGGACACUGGGUCAAGAAGGGAGAGGACCAGAACAGGGCCGCGCUGUUCGAGAACUUUCCCAAGCGGGACGCCACGAAAAAAGGGGACAUUUCGAAGACAUGGGUUUGACCGAUGUUAAGGUCCAUACACUGCUGAUCCAUAGUAUCUGUGGUUUUAGUCAUCAUUUCAUCAUCAGUGGACAUGCAAAAUGACUUUUACUACUGGAGUGAUUCAAGAAGCGACAUGCCACAAAAAACGGUGGCAUUUUGAAGACAUGGGUUUGACCAACAUGUCUUCAGAUGUCUUCAGAUAUACUGACUGCUGAUCCAUAGUGUCUGUGGUUUGUUAGUCUUCAUUUCAUCAGUGGACAUGCAGAAUGACU